AUCUGCGGGGGUAGGCAUUGCUAAAUACUCCUCGGAUAUGAGUUUGUUAAAAACUUGGCAGCUCCCGAUAGGAGAUCAUUCGUCACAAUAUGCUGAGAUAUAUGCAUUGGUUUUUGCAUUAAAAGAAGCUUUAAGUGAUAAGGGUCCUGUUCUUGUUGUUACUGAUUCUGCUUAUUUAGCACGAUCUGCUAAUGAAGAUCUUCCUAUAUGGAGAUCAAAUGGUUUUCUCACGGCUAAAAAGAAGCCGUUAAUGCAUAUUGCGAAAUGGAAAGCAAUUUCUGCUUAUCUCAAUCAUAAGCCUGAUAUUGAAAUUGUACAUGAACCGGCUCACAGGAAGCUAGGUUCGUCUGCUCACACACUGGGUAAUCAGCUUGUUGAUUCUCUCGCACAAGCUGUUAGUCAAAAAUAUGCUGUGAACCAAGUUAAAACCAGGUCACAAGCAAAACCAGCCAGUCUCGAUGCAGAGUUAAAUGCCUGUUUGGAUGAUUCCAGACCUAAUCCACCUGGAUAUCCAAAAAUAUAUGCAUAUAAAGUGCAAGAUGAACACUGUAUUGUCACUAUUAAAGAAAUUGAUUAUAUCCUUCCACCUAAAGAAGAAAGGGUUCGAAUUGCCAAUAAAGCACAUGCAAGUAUUGGUCAUCCACAUUUGGGACGUGACAAUGUUCUUCAAGCACUUAAGAAAAAAUAUUGGUGGCCUAAUAUGAGAAAAACGGUGUCAUAUGUGGUAGGUAAUUGUAAACCAUGUUUGUUAGUUAACAAUCCUAACCAUCAAAAUCCACCACAUAUUGUUAAAGAAAUUCCUAACAAACCUUUUGAUCUAAUUUAUCUUGAUCAUAUUGGUCCACUGCCACCUUCUCAUGGUUACCUAUAUGUGUUAGUAUGUGUUGAUGCCUGUACUAGGUUUACUUGGUUGUACCCCGUACGUGCUACGAAUUCUAACACCACGCUUAGUUGUCUCAAUUUUUUGGUAGGUGCUGGAAAACCAAAGAUCUUACACUCGGACGGCGGUCCGGCUUUCACAGCUGUGAAAACCCAAGAGUGGGCUCGUGCCCUAGGUAUUAAAUGGGAAUUCAGCUCCCCUUACCAUCCUCAAAGUAGUGGGGUUGUGGAAAGGAAAAAUGCCGAAAUAAAACGACUCCUAACCAAGUUGUUGUAUUCUCGUCCCACACAGUGGUACCCAUUGUUACCUCAGGUACAACUAGGUAUUAACAAUAUUCCUGCUUCAAAUUCAGGAGUUGCGAGACGCUUUGUCUCACCCUGCGUACGCACCAGAUACCACACAUGCAUGGACUCCACAGGUUGGCCACUUUGUCCAGGAGAGGGUAUCUAUUAUAAAGCCCUUACGACCACGUUGGAAGCCUCCAGCAGAGAUUAAAACUGUUAUUAAUGAACGGACUUUUAUUAUAGUUGAUAAACAAGGCCGUCAAAGAACUGUGAGUAUUGACAAUUUAAAACCUGUUCCUUUAUCCUGUGAUAUUCAGCAUGGAGGAGAAACCACCUCUAACUUACUCUCAAUGGCUGACCAUGGCAAAUGUGCAGACACAGGAAAACCAGCAGGACACCUUGUUUGAAUAUCAAUCGUGUGCCACGGAAGAUGUGCAGACAUCAGGUGAGAAAGAGACUUUCAUUGAUAUACCUGAUUGCACUAAAAUGCCUUCUUUGAAGCAAAAACAUGUCUGUGGAUUUUACAAUAAGACCCCAGUAAGUCUGAGAAAACUGGGUUACUUUUUUCUUGCAUUUUUCAUCCUGUUGUUGUUGAUAACUACAAUCUGUGUUGCAAUUCUUCGCAUUCAGUGGUAUUUUAUCACACAACGCCCUGGAACCACCCUGACAUGGAAUCAGACCCAA